UUAUUUAACCCAUUUCUUGUUUUUAGUGUGUGGAAUCAAGAAACCAUUUACAAUCACCCAACUGUUUCCCACCUGGGAAUUUCAAUUCCCUUCUAUCUCUUAACUUUUCAUUGUUGCUUCUAUUUCAGAUCUUGGUGAAAUCCCCAGAAAGGAAAAAGGACCUCUUUCAAGCUAUGAAUCCACAAUUGAAUAAACCAAACUCGAAUCUUCUGUUAACACCAGAAGAUGAACAGAAAAUGAUCACGGAGGUGCGUGAGACGAUUAAGAAGCAUAAAUCAAUCAAGAAGAUGAGAGAGUGUCGGCCAGAUGAAUUUUCUCGAUUUUGUUGUGAUGGAUCUAUAUCAAGAUAUCUCAGAGCACGGAAUUGGAACGUUAAGAAAGCUGUAAAAAUGCUCGAAACAUCCUUGAUUUGGAGAAUGAACUAUAAACCCGAAGAGAUUUGUUGGGAACAUGUUGCCGCUGAGGCGGAAACCGGGAAAAUCUACAGGUCAAGUUAUAGGGACAAGAAUGGGAGGGCGGUGCUCGUUUUGAGGCCUCGAUUCCAGAACUCAAAUUCAACAAGAUCGCAGAUAAAAUAUCUCGUGUAUUGCAUGGAGAACGCGAUAUUGAAUUCGCCUUCGGAUCAAGAACAAAUGAUUUGGUUGAUUGAUUUUCAAGGUUUCAAUUUGUCCAACAUAUCGAUCAAGUCGACAAAGGAAACCGCUCAUAUCUUACAAGAUCAUUAUCCGGAGAGGCUCGGCUUAGCAAUUCUAUACAAUCCGCCCAAAUUCUUCGAACCCUUUUAUAAGGUCGUAAAGCCGUUUCUUGAGCCCAAGACGGCGAACAAAGUGAAGUUCGUUUAUGCAGACGAUCCAAAUACGAAGACGAUCAUGGAUAACUUAUUUUGCAUGGAUGAACUCGAAUCUGCAUUUGGCGGAAAAGAUGAAGAAAAUUUCGACAUCAUGAAAUAUGCAGAGAAGAUGAAGGAAGACGAUGCAAAGAGGAUCGCUCUUCACAGAGGAGAAAGUGGCUCUGAAACAGCAUCUUCUAUGCCCAUCGCUAACCCUGAUUCUGAUACUGAGAAACUAAGCGAUACAAACUCUAUAAUGACCAACGUUGAUGAGGCUCGAAAGGUGAGCUGCACGACCUGAACCAUAGUUGGAUCAUUACGAUCCAAUUGGUUCGAGUUUUGUUGUUAGAAUUGUCAUCUUUCUAAUUGAAUUUUUCACUCCAUGAACAUAAUACUUGGUGUUCAUAUAUAAUUCAUAUUCA